AUGGAUAGGGUUUUUAGCGAAAGAGAUCGACUUCCAAAUGGUAAAUUAUUUAAUCGGUUCGAGUUCAGUAAGGACAGGCUUCAUCAUGUUUUUGAUCCAGUAAGUAAUUUUUUUUGAUUUGCUGGUUUUAGGUAUGGAGGUCAUGGAUAACAUAAGGUUUUGAUGUAAAUCUUGGUGGAAGGGCGUUAAAAAUUUUAAAUUUUAUGUUUGUGCUUUUCUUUAGAAUGUUUUCUUUAUGAUUAUGAAGUUUUAAAAGUUAAAAUUUCUUGAUUUUUAAGAUGUUGAAAGUUGAACAUCUUGAAGGUAGCAUAAUAUAUAUUUUUUGACGUAUCUCUUUGAGAUGAAGUAGAAAUUUAUGGUUUUUACGUUAUAAUGCUGUAGUUUAAUGUUAUUUAUAUUACUUAUAAGUUUUACAUCUUUAAAUGUACUGAUUUUGUAAAUAUUGAAAGAAUAGUCAGCUGUGUCGUGGUUAAUAUAAUGUUUUUGAAUAGAUCUCUUGAACGACUUGCUGUCAUAGCUUGAUUUUUGGCUUAAAUUAUACAUAACAUUCUUAUAUUACUGUUUUAAACAGCUUUAGGUCUUAUUUGACUGAUUUAAAUUACUCAGAUCGUCGUAACAUCACAUAAGUCAAGUACAAUGUAACUUUUCAAAUAACUUUGCAAUUAUAGCAUGGCUUUUUAAAUGAAUAUCCUGUCACAUCACUGGUGCUCACUACCAAGUACAAAUUGUAUGGAUUCUCGAACAAAUCUCACGAAUUCACGCCAGAAAAUCGAGUAAGCUGACAUCAAGUGUAAUAUACCGUUUUCUUCAAAGUUUUACAUUUUUUUGUUAGAACAGUAAUUUUUCCUUAUUUUAGUGUAAAAUUGAAGUUUUUGGCGAAACGUUCAAGAGUGUCAAGCAUUGUUAUGAUAGCUUCAUGUUCAGAGAGUUGUGUGGAGUUGAUCCGCCUGCAGAUUCGGAUAAUGCACUCAAUUUGAUCGAGCGAAACGUAAGUUUUUUGAUCUUAUUUUUUGUUUUGAUGUUUAGAUAGAUUAAGAAGAAGGUCUUGGAAGCUAUUUGACCAAAUUUUGGUUUGGUACAGUUUGGUUUAGGCUUGUGGUGUAGCUGUUUUUAAGUUUUUGAUGUGGAUAAGAUAGUAGGCGAAGCAAAUGGCUUUAGAUCUUUUCACAAGGCACAAAAUUGAAAAAAAAAACUUCCUUUACAAGGCUUAAAAUGCAAUAACUUUCUUUACAAAACAAAAAAUGGCAAGAACUUUUUUUACAAGGCGAAGAUGGUAAGAACUUUCUUUACAAAGCAAAGAUGGCAACAACUUUUUUUACAAAACAAAGAUGGCAAAAACUUUCUUUACAAAACAAAAAAUUGCAAAAAAUUUUAAAAAGUUUAAUUUUAAUCUAAAACGUCAUUUUAGGUAUCAACAAAGGACUGGGAAGAAUGGGUUCUAAAGCGGGGUAUGUUGUGCAUGCAGAUGGCCAUUUUGGAACGUGCCAAAUGUGACAAAAUGUUCAGAUCCAAAAUGAACUCGAUCAACGAUAGGAUGAUAGUCUAUCGAUAUCGAAACGACACUUUCUAUGGCGUAAGUACGUCAGCUGAGGAGUUGGAACGGUGGCACAGAAACAUGGCCGAAAAUCAGCUCUCUAUCACCUUCCCAACCCAGUUCCCAAUAACUCAUAAACAACUUCAUGGGGUUCCAAAUAUUAACAAGAAGGGACGAAAUGUGCUGGGAAUCAUGCUGAUGGCAUUGCGCGAGACGGUGAGUGGUUCAUUGAAAGGUCAGGGUAUAGUGCUUUGUCAGGGAGAGGUAGGGGUGUGGAUGGGUUGCUUUAAAAAAGGUUAAGAAAAAUUAGGCUUACUAUUAGACUUACUGCUUCGACUAUUAUUUUUUACAGUGAUAGUUUUAGAAUUACGCACACAUUUUUCAGUGUGGCUACGCAAUAUAGAUUCAGCUACGCAAUUUUAGGCUUAGAUAAGCAGUUUAGGCUUACCGCAAAGAAUUCCAGGCUUAGCACGCAUUUUUAGGCUUAUUUACGCAAUUAUAGACUUAGCACAGGAUUUUAGGCUUGGGCACACAAUUUUAAGCUUAAGCACAUAAGUUUAGGUUUAGUUACGCAAUUUUAGGAUUAGACACAUAAUUUUAGGCUUAUCACCUCAUUUUAGGCUUAGAUACGCAAUUUAGGCUUAAGCACACAAUUUUAGGCUUAAUUAUAUAAUUUAGUUUUAGCACGUAAUGUUAGGCUUAGGUACGCAUUUUUUGGCGUAGGCACUUAAUUUUAGGCUUGAGUACACAAUUUUAGGCUUAAUUACAUAAUUUUAGUCUUAGCAGACCAUUGUAGGGUUAGUUGUAAGACUAUUUUUUUAUUUUCAGCAAAAGCGCAUCCCCCUGGACGAUAUCGAAAUCAAUUUGGAGCCAUUAGUUACAAUGGAACGGCCAAUCUCAUUCUCGACUCGACUAACCCAGCUGAAGCGAAUUCACGGUGCCGCUUCAACCUCAACCUCACUGGCUGGCAGCCGGCUUUCAUUAAACACCAUCGCUUCGGAAUACCAACCAGCCAACAUCCUCUACAACGGCAGUCUAGCCGAGAAGCGGUGCCGUUUCGAAUCGGACCUAUUCGAGACUCGAGAAGGCACCCCAUGUACCUUGAUGGGCGACAUGAACUGUGCUGAUCAGUCGGAUGAUGAGUUUGUUGAAGUUGAGACAAAACGACUGGUCAUUCCGAAGAUACAGUACGAAGAGGAAGAGUACAAGGAUGGAGUAUCCAGUGAUGAUGAAGUGACCUUUUUGGGAGAGGUUCCGGCUAGGUAAGGAUAAUAUACGAAAGGUUUGUGUUGAGGGGUGGGGUAAUGGAGUAUGAGUUUGGAAAGGUGGUGGUAAGGCUAAUACUAAGAGGUUGGAAGGGUGGGGUAAGAAAAAGAUUAGGAAGGGGUGGAGUAAUGGAAAUAUGUGUUUAUAAGGGGUGGGGUAAGGGGGAUAUGGAGGAUUUUUAAGUAGAUAAAUUGUGGGUGGGGUAAAGAGGUUUUUAUGUUCUGAUACAGGGGUGGUUGGGCGGAUUUUUAUGAUUUUUUCACAUGUGAGCUUAAGGGCAGAGACUAAAGAAGCAAGGCUUGACUUUUAGGCUAGGCCAAAAAAUUGGGUCCGGUCUUUUGACAGGUGUAGGGUGGGGUCAGAGAAAGGGGAGAGGGUGGUUAUAAAAAAAUUUUUGAAAAAACAAAAAAUAGCAAGAACUUUCUUUAAAAAUCGUAAAAUGGCAAGAACUUUCUUUACAAUGCAUAAAAUGACAAGAAUUUUGUUUACAUAACAAAAAAUGGCAAGGACUUUCUUUACAAAAUGAACAAUAUUAAAAAUUUCGUACCAAUUCAAGAAGUGGAUUAAAACUACGUUACUGGCCAUUUUUAACCUAACCUUAUAUAAUUGACCUAUUUUCAGUCGAAUCGCUCCAGAGAAACGCCACGAAUUCCAACCCCUGGAUGAGCCGAUGGAAGAAAAGCCGUCUCGUGAAGAGUUGGCCGAAGCCACAAAUGAACCUCGCAAGAGCCUGCUUUGGAACUUCCCCGCCAUCUUCGACAGCACAGCUCGCGGUCGAGCUUCAGUUGGAUCCUGUGAUUCGGGUCACGGCUCAAACAGCACAUUGAACCGAGGAUCGACCAGUAGCAUCGACAGUAAUGGCCAAAACGAACAGAAUCAACCGAGUGGUGCAUUCCAAAAUCAAUCUGGUGCUGAUGGCUUUGCUGAACUGGCGAAACGACCGUCUCAAAAUGUCACUGCUGGAAGUGGAAGAACGUUUGGAGAAGGACAGAGCGUGGGGUAGGGUUUGGUAUUUAAUAGAGGGAAAUUUAUUUGGUAUGGCUCUUGAUAGUAUGACAUAUUUUUUCUGGUUAAAAUGGUCCUUUGUUCUUAUUAGGUGCCGACAUAAAGAACCCGCCAUACUUUUCCUGUAAUUUCCUUUAACAAAUGGCGGGUUCUUUGUGUCGGUACCUAUUAUAAUAGCACGGCAGUCCCUUGAAUGUCAGAUUAAAGAGGUUUGACCGUAUAUUUUUAUGUUGUUGUAGGCAAAAAGGAGGAAAAAGUUUUGUUGUAGUAGACAAAUGGGGAUAUUUUUUGGAGGAGGUGUUUUUAAAAAUUAUUGUUACUAGGUAAGGGCUUUAAAAUUUCUUAGGUUGGGGUGCUUUUUUAAUAAAUUUGUGGAGGGGUGUUUUCGGAAAAAUUUUUUUAAAGGGGCAAAAACUUUCUUUCCAAAACAAAAAAUGGCAAGAAUUUUGUUUACAAAGCAAAAAAUGGCAAGAACUUUGUUUACAAAAAAAAUGGCAAGAACUUUUGUUACAAAACAAAAAAUGGCAAGAACUUUCUUUACAGAACAAAAAAUUACCGGAAUUCUCUUUACAAAAUAAAAAUGGCAAGAACUUUCUUUACAGAACAAAAAACGACAAAAAUUUUCUUUACAAUACAUACAUUGGAAGCAAUUUUUAAUUUAAUGAUUUGAUACCUAAAGUAACAUAAUUUUAGAAAUCCAUUUGAAUCCCGCAACCCAGAACCUUCCGGAGACUUUGAAUUUGCCGUUCCGACCGCUCGAAUUCUUCAAAAGGCCAACAAAAGUGCACCCAAAGAGAGCCCCUUCAACUUGAGUACCGAUUCAGUCUUCAAUCAUUAUCAGGACCGGUCCAGAAACCCAUCCGAAUCCAGCUUUUCAUCUCAGAACUCAGCCUCAACUCAACGAUCUCAGAAGUUCAUCUCCCUCGAACAGGUAUUCAUGUCCAGAGUGGGAAAGAAGGCUCCAGCUCAAGACGAAAGUAACCCCAACACUACCAACGAAUCCACAAAUCCAUUCGCAGAUAGUGACAUCAGCUCAACAAGUUACCAGAACCAGACAGUAUCAACAGGAAACGAAGCUACGAAGCUGAAAAGACCGAUCGGCGUACCUCGAGUACCAGUAACACUGCCGAAUCAACAUGAUGAUGUAGAUCAAGAAGAUCAUUUGAAUAUAUCGGCAGAAGAAGAGGACCGAUUACUGGGCCAAAGUCCCAUCGAACAGAAGCCUUUUAUCAUUGCACAGCCCAGGAAGAAUAAGGUAGGGAUUGGAAAAGUAAUUUUGGAUUAGGGGUGGGGGUGGGUGGAGUAAUUAGGUUUUGGAUCGGGGUGGGUGGGGUAAUUCUUGAAGGUUAUGAAUCGGAGGGGGGGGGGCUUGGAAAAAGAUUUUUAUUGGGGUGGGUAGGGCUUGGAAAAGGUUUUGAAAGGAGGUGGGUAGGGAUGAUUAGAGAACGUUUUCGAUGGGGGGAGGGGGGUGGGGUGAUUGGAGGUUUUGAAGAGGGUAAAGUGAUUGGAGAGCGAGAGGCUGGGAAGAUGUGGAGGAUGAUUUUGAACAGAAUAAAAAGAGGGGGGGGGGUGGUAUUGAUCAUAAAAAAUUUUGAAAAACAGAGGGUAUGGGUAUUAAUAUUAAACUUUUCUUAAAGCCCCCCCCACCUCUCCCCUCUUUACACACACCCUACAGUUUGCUCUAUACCUUCUUACCCGCACCCCUACUCAUCCCUCCCCCCCCUCCUUACACUCCCUACCUCGAUUUGAUCACAGUUAUCUUCCACUCCUCUUGCCAAAACCUUUGCUUGUUAAAACCUUAUAUUUUACAGUAAUUUUAAUCCAAUAUCAUACUAUAAUCUCUAUUUUCAGAGUGACCCGGAAGUUGUGACACUGGACUAG